GUCAUCCUCAGUUUGCAAUGGAGCCACGGAAUGUGCGACUGGGAUUGUGUUCAGACGGAUUUGCUGCUUUUGGAAAGUUUGGGAAGAAAUUUUCAUGUUGGCCAGUCAUGUUAACUCCUUAUAAUCUUCCUCCCGACAUGUGCAUGAAAAGUCAUUUCAUCUUUUUAACUUUAAUUUGUCCAGGUCCCUCGGAUCCUAAAAAAAGGAUAGACAUCUAUCUCCAACCCCUGAUCGAGGAGAUGAAAGAACUUUGGGCCAUUGGGACACCAACUUAUGAUGUUUCGAGAGAUCAGAUGUUUAUCAUGAAAGCUGCCAUCAUUUGGACCAUUAGCGACUUCCCUGCUUAUGGUAUGCUUUCAGGAUGGAGCACACACGGUCUUAUGGGAUGUCCGAUAUGUAUGGAUCAAUCAGAGGCCAAUUGGCUCAAAUUUAGCGGGAAACCAAGUUACUUUGAUUGUCACCGCAAAUUUCUGCCUAUGAACCAUCGAUAUCGAAAGGACAAGAAGUCUUUUAUUGCCGGAAGAGUGGUACGAGAUCCCCCUCCUCCGAGACUUACAGGUGAACAAGUUUUUAACCGGGUUCGACGUUUUCCUACGGCCGUGCAGCAACCUCACGGGGAGCCAAAUGGGUAUUGUGAUACCCAUAAGUGGACAAAGAGAAGUAUAUUUUGGGAGUUGCCGUAUUGGAAGGACCUUCUCAUUCGUAACAAUUUAGAUGUCAUGCACGUUGAGAAGAACGUCUUUGACAAUAUAUUUAACACGGUUAUGGAUUUUACCCACAAAACCAAAGAUGGUCUUGCAUCUAGAAAAGACAUGACAAUUUGGUGCGACAGACCCGAACUCGCCGUCGAUCUAGAAUACGUGGGUAAAAAAAUUCCAAGAGCAGUCUACCAACUCACAGCCCCACAAAGGGAAUCAAUAUUAGAGUGGCUUGUUUCUCUGAACUUUCCAGAUGGCUAUUGUUCUAACUUGUCAAGAUGCGUGGACCUGGACAAAGAAACAAUGACGUCGAGCAUGAAAACUCAUGAUGCUCAUGUAAUCAUGCAACGACUUCUGCCGAUUGCACUGAAAGAGAUGCUUCCUGCAGACGUCUGGGGCUGUAUUACCGAAAUCAGUCAAUUGUUUCAGUCGAUAUGUUCCGCCGUUUUGGAUGCCGAAUCCCUGAGGAGACUAGAAGACACUGUUCCUAUUCUGAUGUGUAAUCUGGAAAAGAUACUGCCCCCAUCAUUUUUUGAUGUAAUGGAACAUCUUCUAAUACAUCUUCCGUAUGAGGCUUUGAAUGGAGGGCCCGUCUUCUAUCGUUGGAUGUACAGAUUUGAAAGAUUUCUGGGAGAUUUGAAAAAGAAAGCGACCAAUAAGGCACACAUUGAGGCUUCAAUUUGUCAAGCAUAUAUUCAACAAGAAACCUCAACGUUUUCAUCUUUUUAUUUUGAGCGUGAAGUAAUCAGUAAAAGAAAGAGAUCUGCUCGGAACGAUGACAUUGGCGAGGAUUCAUAUGAUAAAGUAGUUUCUAUUUUCAGCUACCCAGGUAGAGGUAAAGGAGCUGCGACUUACCGUUACAUCGUGGGCGGAGAAAUGAAAAUUGCACAUACUUACAUCCUCAUGAAUUGUCCAGAAAUCUUACCAUUUUAUAAUGAAUUUAGAGCGUCUUUAUCAGCAUUUCCUGAUGAUGCAAUUGAUGCAAUGGUGGACUCUGACUUUGCAUUAUGGUACCAACAGCAGAUCAGGUACCGUGGGAUUAACGACCCUCUGUUAGUAUCCUUAUCGUGGGGCCAUUCUUCCUAUGCAAAGGUUUGGCAUUCAUAUGUGAUAAACGGUUAUACGUAUCACACAGUUGAAUAUGGAGAAGGUCGACCAACAAUGAACAGCGGGUUAUGUGUUGCAACAACUGGUUUGCAAGAAUUUCAAAUGCUUUCUGGUUUGCAAGAAUUAACAUGCGUGUUGUUUCGCUGCACAUGGGUCGACCGUACACGUGGUGUGAGAAAAAAUUCAAAAUAUAAUAUAAUUGACGUCAACCACUCUCGUGUGUAUCAGAAAAAUGAGUCAUUUAUACUCGCUCAACAAGCAGCCCAGGUUUAUAAUGCAGAGUAUCCUUCAACGAGGCGCACACGGAAUCCUUGGGUGUGUGCCAUUAAUAUCCGUCCGAGCAAAAUUGUAACACAGGCUCAACAAAGGGAUAUUGACUUUGAUGCUUUUCAGCAAGAUUUUUUCCACCCUCCGCCUAUUGCUGAUACGGUCAACCAUAACAUUCAGUUAAGUGACCCAAAUGGCGGAGAUGUUGAAGUUAUGCCUGAAACACACCUUCCGCCCCCUAUACCUCAAAAUGAGCGCGAAAUUGAAGAAUUAUAUAUACAACAACUGCACGAUGACCAGGAGGAAGAAGAAUGGAUAUCUGGUGAUGAAGAUACAGAAGAAGAAGUUGCCUAUCAAGAAAAUACUGAUUCUGAUAGCGAUUAAAUGUAUACUUAACAACCAAUGUAAUUACUUUUAAUUGAACUAUUAUAAUUUGAAUUUUUAACUUUCUUUCGUCAUUAUUAUAUUAUUCCAAGAUAUAAUAGUUAGGUAUGUAAUUCGCAACUAUCAUUUCUAAACAAAAUAAUUAUUCCA